AUGUGGAGAGGAAGAGGAGGUGGAGAUGCAGGUGGACGACCUCCAUCUUGGCGAAACAAUUCACGUCCCUUUCUGCCUCGUCCAAGCAUCGUGUGGAGAGGAAGAGAAGGCAGACAGUCUCUUGGUCCACGGAAUGAACCCGACGAAAUUACCAAUAACGAAAACAAAAAACCAUGCAUCCAGUUCCUGAAAGGCACAUGCACGUAUGGCGCUGCUUGCAGAUUCUCCCACGACAUCAACAACACUGUCCCCGAGCCUGACAUUCGUCCAUCUUUCCCGAAAGAAGAUGAAGAAACCCGUGAGGUCUAUUACGCAUGGAGAUCUCUCCUGCGUAAAGAUACUCAGAGUUUCCAUGACUCAGGUAACUUGAAUCAUGCUAACAAGCUAUGGAAAGGCGCGCUCCGGAUUUUAGACAGCGAUAAUCAGGAGCAACACCAAGAACUGGCGCGGGACCUUGUCAACGAAAAGUUUCAUGGACCCGAAUGGAUCACGCUCACAUCCAGGAUCUCGAAAUUUUCGGACAUGACAGAACUUCUUUGCGUCGAGAAGUUUCUCCGGGUCAUCACUCACCCUUCAAUCAAACCACUCUCGAUUGACUCGUUCGUUGGCACUAUGUUUCUGCUGCUGGGUGGAACCAACGGCGAGCAAGGCAUAGAUCUUUUGUCCAACAUGUGCCUCAAACUCCGACAGGUCAUCGAAGAGUCUGAAGAGCCCAACAGCAAUCACAUCCAGGAAGUGGUGGACGUUGUUCUCAAAACGCUGCUAGAACUUUUGACCAAGACACAGCGGGCUCAACUCUCCGACCAUGUGCCUCAGCUACUCAAGUCUCUGGACGCUCUUGUUGAAUGGACUGCCGAUAGCGCCUCCAGAAACCAAAUUGACAGCCUCAAGGCUCGUUUGGACAUCAUCAAAAGGAUUGUCGCCGGUUCUCUCGAUCGUGUCGUUGCAGCGGAACUCUCUUCGGCAAACAAAAACAAAAACAAGAAGACACGAUGUACCACUUCGACUUUUCCUCGAGAGGCUGCGAUUCCUGGCGGGAGGCAUGACAAUGACUUCGCUGAUAUCUCAGACAUCUCAAUUCUCCCAACACAAGGAGAGGUCACAAGCGAGCACGCGGAGUAUCUACCCUCUACAAACUUCCUUCAUCCUCAUGUACUUGAGGAUCCUAUGCAGCGCUACGUCGACUCUACCUUUCGGCUUGUCAGGCAUGACACUUUUGGUCUGGUCAAUGAUGCUCUCCGAGACGUACUGGCAUUGGAAGAUGUCAGGGCCAUUCGAGUAUCGGAAAAGAACAGCCAAGCGCAUGUUUACCAGUCCUCCACUAUUCUCAACGUCUGGGUACAUGAAAAGAAAGGCUUGGAGUUCCAAGUGUCGCUUCUUCCUCCAAACUUCUUGUUGAAGAAGUCUCUGGCCGAUCAGCGUGACUGGUGGCAGAGAUCACCUCGUCUUGGUGAGGGUACUCUCAUUUGUUUUGUAUCCUCUCGAAAUGAGGGCCAACGUCUUCUUUUUCUCAAUGUCACCAAGAAGAGCACGCAGGAAGAUCCUGCAGGUGAUUCACAAAAAGGCACACUUGUAUCGCAAUUGAACAUGUCGAGUAUUACUGCGAAGCUUGCAACCCAGGAACAGAGCGAUCUUGCCUUGUUACUUCAACUCUGGCGAGAAGGUACGCAAGGCGUACUGGUGGACUUCAACGGUAUCAUUCCUGAAACCUUCAUACCCAUCCUCAAGAACCUGCAAGCUAUCAAGGAAGAAAACCACAUUGCAUUCCAAAAUUGGAUCUUGCCUUCCCCCGAAGAAAACGACCGCAUGCAACCACCUCUGUAUGCGCGCAAACCAGGUUUUGUGUUCCCAUUGGGCUGCAUCGCGAAGACAGGCAACCGCAACAUUCACCUGGACCCUAGCGCCAAGUUGGAAGAUAUCAAUUUGGACGAGAUCGAAAACGCGACAGGCCUUGACCAUGGCCAGUGUCUUGGCCUGGUUGAGGCUCUGACACGAGAGUAUGCCCUCAUUCAAGGUCCACCUGGUACCGGAAAGUCAUAUCUUGGUGUACAGCUCGUCAGGAGCUUACUUGCAGUCAAAGAAAGGGCAAAGUUGGGGCCCAUUGUCAUUAUAUGUUACACGAACCACGCCCUGGAUCAAUUCCUCGAACACCUCCUCGGUGUAGGAAUAGAAAAAAUCAUUCGAAUUGGCGGUCGCAGUGUUUCCGAGCAACUUGAUGGCAAGAAUCUUCGAGUUGUCAGCAAAGAAACACCCAAGACGCGAGUCGAGUCGCAGAUCCUUGGUAAAGCCUUCAAGGAGCAAGAGUCUGCUCUGAAAGCCGCCGAGAAUGCCCUUUCGCCCAUACAUGAAUCACGCAAGGGGUCAGAUUGGGAUGCAAUUGAACGUUACUUGAUGCACAAUUAUCCCGAGAUUCAUCAACAGUUCAGGCGGGUAGACGACGAAGGCUUCCAGACGGUUAGCAAAGAUCCAUUCCGAGCAUGGCUGGGCCCUGAGCCUCCACUCACAGGCGACUGGGAAAGACCAAUAAUGGAAAUCAUCAGCAGCGCCAAGCUUAGUGCUUAUAGGCUCACAUCGAUAGAACGUUGGCGUUUUGUCAUGUAUCUGUUCGACGAGCUGAAAGAGAGACAGUUGGAAAUGCUGCACGAAUCGCUUGAGGAUUUCGAGACCAAACGGGAAACUAUUCGCAAAACACAUGAGGCACUUGCCCAGAGAACUCUUACCAGAGCUGAUGUUAUUGGAAUAACCACUACUGCCCUAGCUGGGCGUAUCGAGAUGCUCAGAAGUUUGCGGUUCAAGGUUGUCGUGUGUGAGGAAGCCGGUGAGCUGAAAGAGUCGGAUCUCAUCUCGGCCCUCAAGGGUGGUGUAGAGCAUUUCAUUCAGAUUGGGGAUCACAAACAGUUACGACCACAAAUCAACAACUUCGACCUUAGCCUCGAGUCAUCGACUGGGCAGCGCUGGCAGCUGGACCGAAGCCAGUUUGAACGACGAGCCGUUGGUGAACCAGGCCUUGCACCCGCCCCAUUUGCCCAACUCAACGUUCAACGACGAAUGAGACCUGAGAUCUCUAGACUUAUCCGAAGAGUGUAUCCCGAUUUAGAAGACCAUGAUUCAGUCGGGGAUCUUCCAGACGUUGUAGGUAUGGGCAAGAACUUGUUCUGGCUUGACCACAACCAUCCCGAGGACGAUGGAGGGGACGGUACCCGGGUCAAGUCACACAGCAACAAGUGGGAGACCGAUAUGGCUACAGCGCUGGUUCGACACUUGGUGCGACAAGGGAUAUACAAGCCAGAGGACAUUGCCCUCCUCACACCAUACACCGGGCAGCUCCAGCAGCUGCGCGCUACGUUGAGAAGGGAUUUUGAGGUUUGCCUGAGUGACAGAGAUAUGGAUCGACUGGCACACGAAGGCUUUGAGGAUAAGUUGACCACGAACGAGACCGAUAAGCCCUCUGAAGGUCCACAGAAGAUGGUGGAGAAGAAACAACUUCUCCAAAGCAUUCGCAUUGCAACAGUGGACAACUUCCAGGGUGAGGAAGCCAAGGUUAUUAUUGUGUCCUUGGUCCGCAGCAACCCAAAGCGCAAUGUUGGUUUCCUUCGAACAGAGAACCGUAUCAACGUGCUUCUUUCUCGAGCAAAGUAUGGCAUGUACUUGAUCGGCAACUCGGAGACUUAUCUCAAUGUGGCAAUGUGGACAGACAUCUACAAUCAGCUUAUGAAUGCCGCGGCUGUUGGCAGACAGAUUGAGCUGUGUUGUCCCAGACAUAAAGAAACUCCCAUCUUCUGUUCGGAACCCGAAGAUUUUGCCAUCAAGAGCCCUGAAGGUGGCUGUAUCCUUCCCUGUUCUCGAAGACUCGAACCAUGCGGUCAUCGAUGCCAGGCACGAUGCCACUCGGAUCGCCUUGCACGCACAUUCUCCCAUGCGGCCACCAGUGUCCAGGCUCAUGCAGUGAAUGCAACAAACCGGACGGAAGCGUCCAGCAUCGCGCGUGUACGACGACUUGCGACCGACCUUUCGGACCCUGCAAACACAGAUGUGGGCGUCCGUGUCACAGCGAAGUACCUUGUGGCAGUUGCCCGGAACCAUGUGAGGUCCGAUGCCCGCACUCCUCAUGCGCUUCACCAUGCAACAAAGCAUGCGCUCCCUGUAUCGAACCAUGUACUUGGUCUUGUCCUCACCAAGGAGCAUGUUCCCUGCCAUGCUCAGCGCCCUGCGACCGUCUACCUUGCGAACGACGAUGUACGAAACUUCUCCCCUGUGAAGUGUAGUGGCAAAGGCGAAGCGCGAGUCGAUUUAUUGGAGUUCAAGUCCUAUGCCGAGAUCGAUCUGGAGGAAAGCCCAAUUGUGGUGCUCGGCUGCGGCCACUUCUUCGCCGGCGAAACGCUCGACGGUAUGAUUGGCUUGGGAGAGGUCUACACUGUCGACAGAGGAGGCAAUUUUGAUGGUUUGAAGGAUGUAUCUGGCUCCCUUUCGCGGAACGUCCCUUUCUGCCCAGACUGCAAGCGACCAAUUCGCCAGUUCGCGACCAAGCGAUAUAACAGACUCAUCAACCGUGCUGUAAUGGAUGAGAUCUGCAAACGCUUUCUCAUUACAGGACGCGAGACCCUUGAACGAUUGGAACAGCGACUGCAUACGGCAGAGGACAAACUCAACACAAGUCGGGCUGACCAUGAAUUGAUCGACGGAGUUGGUGUACUGCCGAAGAAGGGUCGUUACCUGGAACUGGAAGCACUCAGAAACCUCGGCAAAGGUCUUGCAAAAAGACUGGGAGAAGACCAUCAGCCCACGAAAGUACUCAUUGAUGCGAUGGCCACGUCUCGCUGCAGAACUACGGACGAUCCUUUGUCUAUCACACGACAGAUGGAGGCCUUGCAACUCUCCCCACCGGCACCAGAUAGUCAGAUCAUUCUGGGGGCUCAAUUAGUUGCCAUCAAGUCGCAAGAAGUGCAGCUUCAGGAUGUCAUUUCGAUUCUCAAACAGUGGAGAGACGAUACUGGGACCGACAGCGAUUUGAUGAAACUAUGGCUCGAAGAGCAGCAUCUUCCAUCGAUGCAAAAGUUCUUUGCUACCUGCAUCGAACUCAUUGAACAAGCCAAGGAUUUCAAUCUCCCAAGAACCGCCAUCGCAGCAACUUUGGCUUUUGCUAGAGUUUCCCAGCUGUUUGCUUGGCGCGCUGAGAGAAACGAGGACGGUCAUAUCUCCAAAUCUGACGGAGAGCACGCCGAGAAUGUCGAAGAGCGAACCAACACUGCCCGCGAGUUACUGAACGAUGCGUUGGAUCAAUGCUCUGGAGUUCGAAACAGCGACGAACUGCAGGAGCGUGUUGAGGCCAUGUUGCAACUUUUCGAACCUCACUACAGCGAGGUGACACCGGAGGAGCUGGCAUCGAUCAAAUCGGCUAUGGUCAGCGGUAGAGAUGGAAUGGCAACCCACUCAGGACACUGGUACCGAUGUACCAACGGUCAUCCUUUUGCGAUUGGAGAAUGCGGUAUGCCUAUGGAACUUGCACAAUGCCCCGAAUGUGGUGCUACGAUCGGUGGACAGGACCAUGAAGCUGUGGAAGGUGUUUAUCGAGCUGAGGAUAUGGAAUAA